AUGGGCCCGCCUGAAGAUAAGGAAGCCGUCGUUGACUCAAGACUCCGAGUCUACGGAAUCAAAAGCCUGCGCGUGAUUGACACCAGUGUCAUCCCUCUACCUGUGACAGCCCAUACUGCUGAACCCGCGUAUGUUGUUGGCGAAAAAGGGGCGGAUUUGAUCAAGCAAGAUUGGGGAGUGCUUGGAUAUUUAUUUGCUUCUGUGUACCACGCGUCAAGGAAAGUGGACAGGUUCAUGAGAGACGUCAUGAUGCUGGUAGACCUCGGUUGUUUGACGACGAAGAUCGAGAGGCAAUACUGGAAUGCUACGGCAGAGACCCGACGACGUCUACACGAGUUAUAAGCAAAGAAGCUUGGUUUAACUCAGUGGAAAGUUUGGUUCGUUUUGCAUUCGGCGAGACUUUACGCUUUCCAUUACACACCGGUUCAAGUAUUAGAAGAAGGAGAUCCCGCAAGAAGAAUUGAUUUUUGUCGAUACAUGCUUCAUCGGGAUCAAGAAGAAAACGACUAUUUAACUAAAAUAUUGUGGACCGACGAGUCUAAGUUUGACAGAGAGCGGACAACAAAUUAUCACAACUUACAUUAUUGGGCCCCACGAGAGGAAAACCCCCACAUGGCAAAGCCAAGAGUCCAUCAAAGAAGAUUUUCGGCAAACGUGUGGAUGGGAAUCAUUCAUACGUAUCUAAUUGGACCAGUUUUUUUGCCUGACAACCUGAAUGGCGAAUCCUAUGAAAACUUUUUGAGAUCCGAACUCUGGGAGUAUCUCGAAGGCCUGCCUCUGAAUAUCAGGAUGCAGAUGAUCUACCAACACGAUGGCUGUCCCGCGCAUUUCCGUCUGGGUGUUAGACAGUGGCUGGAAAUAUCCUUGUCGCUGGAUUGGCCGAGGUGGACCGACACCGUGGCCAGCGAGGAGCCCAGAUUUAACACCGUGUGACUAUUAUUUAUGGGAGCACAUGAAGUCACUGGUGUACGCUGAGCCCAUAGACACUCUUGCACAGUUGAAAGAAAGAAUUAUUGCUGCUGCUGACACUAUCAGAGGACAACUAACUGGCCGCAUCACGCGUACCAACAUGAGAAAAAAGACUACGGGCUUGCAUAA